AUGUCUGAGAAGGUAACCCACGAAACCGCAGUCGACCUGUCCUCGCUGACAGAGCAGAAGUCUGUCAAUGACUCCUUGCUACCCUCCGGUGCUGACCAGGACCGUGAGGGCGAGAGAGGCAACAUUUUAUCUCAGUACUCAGAGAAACAGGCCAUGCAGAUGGGCAGAAACUACGCCUUGAAACACGGCCUCGAGCCCGAGCUCUUCUCGCGUGCCGCCGCCUUGGCCAGAAACCCAGAGGAUUUCAAUUCCAUGGACUUUUUGUCCGAAGGCGAGAAAAUCUCCUUGAACAAGGAGGUCACCGCCAGAUGGCACAUUCCUCGCAAGUUGGUCGAGGUGAUUGCCUUGGCCUCCAUGGCCGCUGCCGUGCAGGGUAUGGACGAGUCCGUUGUUAACGGAGCUCAGCUUUUCUACGUCAAGGCAAUGGGCAUUGACAAGAUGAAGAACGCCGAUUUGAUCGAGGGUUUGGUCAACGGUGCUCCUUACUUGUGCUGUGCCAUUGCCUGUUGGACGUCCGAUUUCUGGAACAGAAUGCUAGGCAGAAAAUGGACCAUUUUCUGGACCUGUUUUAUCUCCGCCAUCACUUGUAUCUGGCAGGGAUUUGUUAACUUGAAGUGGUACCAUUUGUUCAUCGCUCGUUUCUGUAUGGGUAUCGGUGUGGGUGUCAAAUCCGCCACCGUGCCCGCUUACGCUGCUGAAACCACCCCCGCUACCAUCAGAGGCUCCUUGGUCAUGCUUUGGCAGUUCUUUACUGCCGUGGGUAUCAUGCUUGGUUACGUCUCUUCCCUUGCUUUCUACUACGUUGGCCCCAAUGGUAUCUCUGGCGGCUUGAACUGGAGAUUGAUGUUGGGUUCCGCUUCCAUUCCUGCUAUCCUUGUGCUUUUCCAGAUUCCCUUCGUGCCAGAGUCCCCUCGUUGGCUUAUGGGUAAAGACAGACACAAGGAAGCCUACGACUCCUACAAGCAAUUGCGUCACACAGAUAUCGAGGCUGCUCGUGACUGUUUCUACCAGUUUGUUUUGCUCUCAGAGGAAAAAUCCUAUGUCGGUGUUCCUUCUUACAAGAGAAUCUGGGAGAUGUUCACCAUCAGAAGAAACAGAAAUGGUGCCUUGGGUGCCUGGAUCGUCAUGUUCAUGCAGCAAUUCUGUGGUAUCAACGUCAUUGCUUACUACUCCUCGUCCAUUUUCAUCGAGUCCAACUUGUCUGAAGUCAAGGCCAUGCUUGCCUCAUGGGGUUAUGGUAUGAUCAAUUUCCUCUUUGCCAUUCCGGCACUUUACACCAUCGAUACAUUUGGUAGAAGAAACUUGUUGCUUACGACCUUCCCGUUGAUGGCCAUAUUCUUGAUUAUCGCAGGUACGAGUUUCUUGACGCCCGAAAGCAACGAAAAAGGAAGGUUGGCAGGUGUGGCAACAGGCAUCUAUUUGUUUAGCGCAGUUUACUCCUCUGGUGAAGGCCCCGUUCCGUUCACCUAUUCUGCCGAAGCAUUCCCCUUGUACAUUCGUGACUUGGGUAUGGGAUUCGCUACAGCUACAUGUUGGUUCUUCAAUUUCAUCUUGGCCUUCACCUGGCCAAGAUUGAAGAAUGCAUUCACUGUCACUGGUGCUUUUGGAUGGUAUGCCGCGUGGAACGUGGUUGGUUUCUUCUUGGUUUUGUGGUUCUUACCAGAGACCAAGGGUUUGACCUUGGAAGAGUUGGACGAUGUGUUUAGUGUAUCGCUCAGGAAGCACGCCAUCUACAGAACAAGAGAGCUCUUCCACAACAUCAGAAAGUAUGUUUUCAGAGAGAAGGUUGACCCAUUGCCUCCACUCUACGCCCACCAGAGAUUGGCUGUCACCAAUCCUGAGUGGAACGACAAGGCUGAGGUCUCCCACGAGGAGGAAAUCUAA